UCUUCACUCACUGCAGAUCUUCACUAAACUACUUCACUUCAGACCGACAGCUUCACUGGCUUUAUGAACAAUUCAAGGUUUACUAUCACAGUUCUGUUGUGAAGCUGCCGUGCAAACUGCUGAAGAAAUGAUCAUUUACAUUUAUUUGUUUUCAUGGAGUCUGGCUGGUGUGUUUGGAGUUGAUUCAGUGAAGUCCGUGUCAGUGAUGGAGGGAGAAUCAGGAGGAGCUACUGGAGGAGUUUAUUCACACUCACUGCAGAGUUUCUCUACAGAACAACAGCUGCAUUCAAUAUUUCAAGAGUGUCAGGACCUGAUCAUUGUAAUAUUUCUGCUGUGUAACUGUUAGGAGAUCUGCUGAAAAAAAUGUUUAUUUUCUACUUUUUGUUCUCAUGGAGUCUGGCUGGUGUGUUUGGAGUUGAUUCAGUGAAGUCCGUGUCAGUGACGGAGGGAGAAUCAGUGAGUCUAAAUCUUACUGAAAUACAGAGAGACGAGGAGAUGACGUGGAAAUUUAACAACAUUAUGAUAGCUAAAACCUACGGGAAGGACAGUAAGAGCAGGUUUUAUGAAGGUAGUGCUGAUGGGAGAUUCAGAGACAGACUGAAGCUGGAUCAGACUGGAUCUCUGAUCAUCACAAACACCAGAACCACAGACUCUGGAGAAUAUACAGUAUUCAACAGAACAUCAGAGACUCCAUUCAACAUCUUCAGUCUCGCUGUCUACGCUCCUCUGUCUGUUCCUGUCAUCACCAGAGACUCUUCUCAAAAUUCAUCAUCAUCAUCAUCAUCAUCAUCUUCAUCAUCAUGUUCAUUUCUGUGUUCAGCUGUGAAUGUGAGUGAUGUAACUCUCUCCUGGUACAAAGGAAACAGUUUAUUGUCCAGCAUCAGUGUGUCUGAUCUCAGCAGAAGUCUUUCUUUACAUCUGGAGUGUCUGGAUGAUUUCUACAGCUGUGUGGUGAACAAUCCCAUCAGAAACCAGACCACACAUCUCAACAACACUGAACUCUGUCAGACAUGUUCAGAGAGCUACAGAGCAGGAUAAUGUGGUGUACGCAGGAGUCUCAAGACGUUGAUCAACUCUUGAACAAAAUGUGAUUCUGUUUUAUUGAUUACUAACUUUAUCCCAAACACAGAGACAGGAGACAGAAUCACAUGUUCUUUGUCAAUAGAGAUAAAUGCCCAUUAAAUGUCAUUUUGUCAUAGUUACACAUAUAUUUGAAAAAAGAUUACUGUUAUUAUUUCACUCUAUGCCAGAAUAUUUUUGUGAGUUUGCCUGUCUGUGCUCUCUCUCUCUC